AUGAGUACCCUUAGCAAGGAUCCCGCAAGACCAAAACAGCCUCCUAGACAAGUCGACCCAGAUGCAGCACGAGUAUAUAAUCGAGGCGUAAACCGUCACAAUGUGCCCAUACGCAAUGUCCAAGAUCUGAAACUCAAGACCCUACUACGAAAGAGUGGCAAGAAACAACACAUUGCUGUUGAAAAAGCUGUCGAUCAUGAAAUGCUGCUGCCAGAGUCGGCUGGUUUUGUUGUCGCUGAGGGAAUGGAGAGAACGUGGAGGUUUAAGCAGCAUGAAAUUGAAAAGUCGGUUGAUGUCUCUACUUCGAAUAAGAUGUUUGAUCUGGAUUUACCUACAUUCGGACCAUAUUGUUUGGAUUAUACACGUAACGGACGGUGGGGGCAGUCACUAGUUGAGCAGAAACAUGGGGCAACACCUAAACACAUAUGUAAACUUAGGAACGUGUUGAUUGGAGGCAAGAAGGGCCACAUAGCUACCUUCAAUUGGAGAACUGGAAAGCUAGGAUGUGAGAUACAGGUCAAGGAGACGAUUCGCGAUGUCAAAUGGCUGCAUAACGAAACCAUGUUUGCCGUAGCUCAAAAGAAAUACGUCUACAUAUACGACAACACGGGUCUCGAAGUGCAUUGUUUGAGAAAACAUCUUGAAGUGAAUCGAUUAGAGUUUUUGCCGUAUCAUUUCUUGUUGGCUUCUGUGGGUAACGCUGGAUACCUAAAAUAUCAAGACACAUCAACAGGCAAUCUGGUUGCGGAAUUGAGAACUGGAUUGGGUCGCUGUGAUGUCAUGGCUCAGAAUCCGUAUAAUGCUAUAAUGCAGUUAGGCCACACUAACGGAACGGUAACACUAUGGAGUCCAAAUAUGACAACACCGCUAGUCAAGAUGUUGUGUCAUAAAGGUCCUGUGUCGGCGUUAGCUGUAGACAGGAAUGGAUUAUACAUGGCCAGUGCUGGACUGGAUGGCCAAUUAAAGAUAUGGGAUAUACGUACUUUCAAGCCUUUACAAUCAUAUUAUACUCCAACACCGGCAUCGUCCCUGGCUAUCAGUGAGCUAGGUCUGUUGGCUGUUGGAUUUGGGCCUCAUGUUCAUGUUUGGAAGGACGCCUUUCUCGAAAAGCAAUCAUCACCAUACAUGACACAUCUAAUACCUGGCUCCAGUGUCCAAGACGUGCAUUUCUGUCCGUACGAAGACAUACUUGGUGUUGGUCAUGCCGGUGGAAUAUCAAGUCUCGCUAUACCUGGAUCCGGAGAACCCAACUUUGAUUCACUUGAAGCCAAUCCAUACCAAAACAAGAAGCAGAGACGAGAGACUGAAGUUCAUAGUUUACUGGAUAAGAUACAACCUGAAAUGAUUGCCAUGAAUCCCGAAUUUGUCGGCACUUUGGAUAGAGCUCCACGAGAGGUUAUUGCUGGUGAACGAAAGGUCGAAUAUGAGGCAAACAAUCCCACAGAAAAAUAUAUUCCAAGACCGAAAGCACGAGGCAGGUCAUCCUCGUUGCGCAAGUAUCUUCGUAAACAGACAAAUGUUAUUGAUUCAAAACGAGAGGCCGCGAAAACAGCUUUCGAAAAGGAGGAACGUGAACUGGAAAAGAUUAGGAAGCGACAAGCUGGUGAAGAGCAUGGCGAAGAACCAGAGUAUACAGCGCUGGAUCGAUUCGCUAAGAAGGCUAAGAGCUGA